AUGUGUCCACCCACGAGCUGUGGGUGGACGUCGGCGGCGAGCAGCUAUGGUUCGACGUCCUCCACACUACGCGUCUGGACCGACUACCUCCACAUCACCGUCGGCGGCACACUCUCCAAUGGCGGCAUCGGCGGGCAGGCGUUCCGCCAUGGGCCGCAGAUCUCCAACGUGCACGAACUUGACGUGGUAACAGGCACGGGCGAAAUGAUCAGCUGUUCGCCGGACAAGAACUCGUACCUGUUCUUUGCAGCACUGGGUGGGUUGGGUCAGUUUGGGGUCAUAACCCGGGCUCGGAUCGCGUUUGAACCCGCUCCCAAACGGGUUCUUUGGGUCCGACUCGCCUACGCAGAUGUACAAUCGUUCACCGGUGACCAGGAACUUCUCAUCUCGAAACGGUCUGCCGGCGAUUCCGGUGGUUUCGACUACAUUGAGGGCCAAGUCCAGCUGAACCGGAUCCUCACCGAGGGCCGGAGGUUGUCUUCCUUCUUCUCAGCCCUAUAG